UCGCCUAGGAGCUUUGCCUCGCCUUCCUCUGCUUUCCUUGUAGCCCCGCGACUUCCAUGCAGGGGGGCGAAGAGAAGCUGGAAAGCCUUGGAAGAAACGCAAGCAGAGCACCCAGAGUGAAGAUGUAAUCAGUGUCUGCAGCUUUGACUCAAGUGGUGUUUUGUCCUCUAUUCACAGGCACAAUCGUGAGUUUCAGAGGUUACCCCUGGAUGUGGCGAUCCAUCAAUACCGACCCGGUGAUUGGAUACGAGUUUGGAAGUGGAAGCAAGAGCCUUUACAGCCCACGUGGGGACCACCGGAGCAGAUCAUUCUAAUUAUUGAGUCUGCCGUGAAGCUCAUAGGCCAUAAGCGAUGAGUCCAUGUUAGCCGGAUAAAGAAAGCAGAGCCUGUAAUUACCCAGGAACCUGAGCAGGGAGUAGCCAAGGACUCCCCACCUGGAGAGGCGAAGGAUCAGACGCCUGAAGUAAAGUGGUUGUCGGAAAUCGUGUCGGGUUUCAACCUGAAGAUCAAGAUAAAGAAAUAAAAGGACCGAGAUUAUAUGGGGGGUUCACGAAAACCUUUUUCUGUUCAAGCUAAAAGUGUGCAGAUACCAGGAGAUCCCAGGAAAAAGGUUCCAGUGACAAUAGUACAAUUUGUAGAUAUCUGUUCUAAAGAUAAGAGGGUACACCUGCACACUGUUGCCCGAACUUAUUUAAGUUCUGUUCUUCCGCCUGAUACUGAUCUCAGGACUGUGCGCCUGAGAUAAAUUUAAAUGGGAGGUUCCCCUCCGACGCUGCCACCGGAAGUGCAUCCUAACGAUUGGAGAGGGGAAUCUUGGGGGCGCAUCACAGUAACUGUUAGAUUGCCUCGGGUUCCAUUAAUUGCCAGUGACCCUAGACAAGAUUAUUAUCUGGGGUAUUUUAAAACCAAGCUUACACACCGACGAUGUGUGUGGCAUAGAUGGGAGGAUUGAUACCUCCUUGAUCAAGGCCCCUAAUUUAAUGGGAGGAUCUGUACGACCCUUACCUUUAAGAGCAUCUGUACAAGAACUUCCGGGAGAUAAGCCAACAGAUGGGCGGAUCUGCAAGAAGGUUCAAGAUACAAGCUAUCCCCACAGGGUCUGAUUGUUUAAGACCAAGCAUCUUUGUUACGGUAACAGUCCAACAGGAGAUACCCGUACGAUCUAGACCCAAGGUGGUAACAAGAACCAACCUUUAUUAUAAAGCCCCAAAGUAUAUGAGAGAUUGGCCCACGGAAGGAUUGAUAGAAGGCCAGAGGGUGGAAUACUGGGCCCAAUAGGUGGGUGGAACUAAAUCCAUAGGGUAAAUAGCUUUCAUGCCAAAAUAGGUCAAACCCACGCAAGUAGCUGAAGCCGGGGCUGUCUCGCCGCACGAGAGGGAGUACGUUGACCCGGCACAACCUUGCCCGCAGCUCCCGCCCUUGCCUCAUAGAUAACAACCCAGCAACUGCCUCAGACGACGACGUCGCUGCAGCCGGUCCCGGGCGGGGAUGCUGCUCUCCAAGAUCAACUCACUGACCCACCUGUGCUUGGCGCCCGACGAAGAUCUGCACCCGGUCAAGCCCCUGCCAGGGAAAGCAAAGGAACCUUUGGAGAAGCUGUAUCAGAUAGGCCCACUGCUGGGCAGUGGCGGCUUUGGUUCAGUCUAUUCGGGCACCCGGCUGGCAGACGGAGCUCUGGUGGCCAUCAAGCAUGUGUCUCGGAACCGGGUUUCCGAAUGGGGAGAACUGCCUAGUGGGACUAGGGUACCCAUGGAGAUCUUGCUCCUGAAGAAAGUUGGCUCUGGCUUUCGGGGAGUAAUUCGUCUCCUGGACUGGUUUGAGAGGCCGGACAGUUUCAUUUUGGUUUUGGAAUGGCCUGAUCCUGUGCAAGAUCUCUUUGAUUUCAUCACAGAGAGACGGGCUCUGCCUGAAGAUUUGGCUCGCAGCUUUUUCUGUCAGGUUUUGGAAGCAGUUCGAUACUGCCACAGCUGUGGUGUCUUACAUCGGGAUAUCAAGGACGAGAAUAUUUUGAUUGGCCUGAGCAGUGGAGAGCUCAAACUUAUAGAUUUUGGAUCUGGAGUAUUGCUCAAGGACACAGUGUACACUGACUUUCAUGGUACUCGUGUAUAUAGUCCUCCAGAAUGGAUUCGCUAUCACAGGUAUCAUGGCAGAUUUGCUACUGUCUGGUCACUUGGAGUAUUGUUGUAUGACAUGGUCUGUGGUGAAAUCCCCUUUGAACAUGACGAGGAGAUCGUAAGGGGCCAAGUCUAUUUUCGACAAAAGAUUUCUCCAGAGUGCCAGCAGCUCAUUAAGUGGUGUUUAGCUCUGAGGCCUUCUGAUAGGCCAUCCUUUGAAGACCUUCUGAAUCAUUCUUGGAUGCAAGAUGUUCUCAUGCCCCAGGAAACAGCCAAAAUCUACUUACAGUUUAAUUCAAGAGUCUAGCAAAUGGCAGUGUUUCAUCCUGCUGGGUGCAAAACAAUUCUGUCCUAUUGAGUCUGGCUGAGUAAGAAGUUUUACAGGAAUACUAUUAUCUCAUUGCAGACAAGAUUCCCCAAUUUUGCAUAAUGCUAAGGCUUAUGCAAUUCUUUUCUUAAAUUGGACUGGCAUUUAUUAUAAUGGAAGCAUACACCCAAUGUAUACCAUAAAAGAUGGAAACCAUAAAUCCUUUAAUUUCAGUAUUUGAUGGAGAACAGUCCGAUAGAAAGAGGCGAGACAUUGAUAUUAAAAGCCAAGGAUAUAACUGGGAAGACACUUGGCCUUCAGAAUGUAUCAUUGCAACUAUAAUCCUGCCUCAUGGGUACAUAAUGGCUCAGCGGGAUACUGUGACCCAAUAUAACCAAUCAAACAGCUGAAGCCUUAACAUUGUUUGCUGAUCAAUCAACACAAUUGAGAAAGGCUGUAUUCCAAAACAGGCUGGCCUUGAAUUAUUAAGUCAAAAAGGAAGAGGAGUUUGUGGACUCCUCAACUUAAUAGAAUGUUGUUUGAAAAUUGAUAAUGGUAAAGUAAUAAAAGAAAUCGCUAACAAAAACAAACUUUGCCCACGUACCAAUGUAAACUUGGAAAGGAAUAAAUCUUGGAAGCUGGGGCAGUUAGUUCAAUUGGUUUGGAGGAAUGAAAACAAUGCUUGUAUUAGUUGUUUUUGAUGUAUGCUUUUGCUUUGCUUAUUGCCUAUAAUUAUGAAUGGUAUCCGCAGUAUAGCAGAUAAUGCAACUAAAAGUAGUAUGCAAAUGUAUGGUAAAAUUAUGUACCAAUAAGUUUCAGAAUGGAGAAGCUAUAUGAUAUAAAUAUCAGAUAGCUUCUAAGGGGGGAAUUGUGACACUGAAGUUUGCUUAUUUAGUUAAAACAUGAAUAUUGCUCAUUUUGGGAAUUGUAGCACAGUGAAUGUACAGUCAAUUUACCUGUGUGUGUGUUUAACAGAAAUGCUACUUUGCUGACUGGCAUUGUUUGUAUAAAGCUGAGUUUGCAAAAUAGCUGGGAAAAUCAGGCUUAGUUGCAAUGUCCAGCUGUGCUGAAGAAGAAAGUAUCAAACUUUGUUUCAAACGUCCAAGGUGAAAAUAGGAAAAACAAGUUCCAAAUAUGGAACUAGGAAGAGAGGGGAAGGUACCAGUGGGCAUGGUUAAAGUGAUGUAAGGAAAAUGAAAGUGAUGUAAUUAUGAUGAUAAUGAUGUUAAUGUAAUUAACAUAACAAAG